AUGGCAACUCGUGUCAUGCCAUUCCAAGCACCUGGCAGUCUUGCCGGGACGCUGGCAGCAUACGAAGCUCGACGAAAAUCCGUGGACGGCACGUCCAACUUGAACCUUGCACAGACAGGAAAGGAUCUGAUACCCGAGCGACCUACGGCUCGAUCAGUAUACGAGGGAUCUCUGCCAUCGCUACAUUUCCUUCGAUGGCGGCCGCUAUACCACAUCCAGGCACCAAGUGGCUGGAUGAAUGAUCCCUGUGGUCCGGGAUACGAUGCAAGCACAGGUCUCUACCACUUGUUCUUCCAAUGGAAUCCUCGUCGAAGCAUUUCUGGGUCAGUCGUCUGGGAUUCGAUACGCUGGGGCCAUGCAACCUCGAGAGAUAUGGUAAAUUGGGCGGUGUCGGGUGCUACUAGUAUCAAGCCUGGUGAUUGGUAUGACAAGGAAGGUUGUUUCACGGGCUGUAUGGUGCCUACGAGUCUUGGAGGGGAGACAGGCCACCUCACUGUCUUCUAUACUGGGGUCAGUCGAUUACCGCUACAUUACACUUUACCUUAUAUUCGGCAAACGGAGACUUUGGCGGUUGCCACGUCAAGUGAUGAUGGACAGUCAUGGACCAAGAUGGCGAAUAAUCCAGUGCUGGCGGAGCCACCAGAUGAGUUGUCUGUAACUGGCUGGCGUGACCCUUUCAUUGCGAGAUGGCCUUCAAUGGACGCCAUAUUAGGCCAAGACGAGAAUUUGAAGACUCUGUAUGCACUGAUAUCUGGUGGUCUGAGAGACCAUACUCCCACAGCCUUUCUUUAUGCCAUCAACUCCCAAAAUCUUACACAAUGGACUUAUAUCAGCGACAUUGUGGACGUCGGGUUGAAUCACAAUACAUCCAGAUGGUCAGGCGAUCUUGGCAUAAAUUGGGAAUGUGCUUGCUUCAUGACUCUGUCUGAUGAGAGGAAUGAAGCCUCCCGUGAAUUUAUAGUGGUUGGAGGAGAAGGCUCGGACACUUCACACCCUGAAUCUACUUUUGCAGCGUACCCUCAAGAAACCACAACAUUUCCACGAUGGGAGCGAUCCCUGCAAUGGAUGUGUGGAACGCUCAGUAUGAGCACAAAUGCUGCCGGGCAAAGCGUGCCAAAAAUGCAAUACUCUUUUGGAGGCCGCUUCGAUUAUGGAAUGAUGUACGCGGUCAACGUCUUCUAUGACCCUUUGACGGCCAAACAGAUAGCCUGGGGUUGGAUCACAGAAGAAGAUCUACCACAGAAGUUGGUCGACCGACAAAAUUGGAGCGGUCUAUUGGGGAUUCCUCGAGAGCUGAGCUUACAGACUUUGAGGGGUGUGACAUGUGCCCUUCAAUCAGAUCUGAAGGAUAUCACAUCAGUGGAAGUAACACCAGAGUCGAAAGAUACUUUCACGGUGAGGACACUAGGCAUCGAUCCUGCCAGUUCGCUGCAGGGAUUGAGGAGGGACACUCGGCUAGUGGCGAUUCAAGGCUCGCCUAUACUCAACAGGAAAGGAGAGUGUUUUAUGGACGUGCAGACAUACAGAUUUGAACUGACUGCAAAGUUGGAAGUGUCUAGUCAGUGCUCGCGCAUUGGGCUAAGCAUAUUUCAUGAUGAAAGUCAUGGGAUAGCAUCUUCCACGAUGGUAUAUCUUGUGCCUGGGAUAGAAACGUUGAAAGUUGAAAGACCUGACUCGAGGGGGGUCGACUCUGGGAUCUUGACCUUUCCAGAGACAGCACCAUUUACCUUGUUUUCUUUUGGGAAGCAGAGCAAUGAAACCAGGGAAUUGCUCGAGCUUCGUCUUUUCUUUGAUGAGUCAGUGUUGGAAACAUUCGCAAAUUCGCGGUGUACCAUUGCCACACGGGUCUACCCAGCAAGCAAAAGAUGCUGGGGCGUGAGGUUCUGGGCGGAAGAUGACUCUCAACAGAGUCGACUAAUAUAUGCUCAAGCCUGGGAUGGCCUACGAGCAGAUAUUCAAGUUGGUUAG